GACCGAGCCAGUUUUCCUCGCUGUUUUCUAUGAAAACAAGUGAAAAAGUAGGAGGGUAGCUACAGCACAACAUCAACGUCACAUGAUUCAUAAAGCCAGGCUGCCCUGUUCCAAUAUGGUGGUCAGCUUGGCGGAGCUGCGUCUCCCGUUGAUCAUCUCACUCUUGUGCGGGUUCGGAACCUGCAGCCCGGAAGAACCGCAGGUUUUCGGGCUGCGCCUGGAGGACGCCAGCGAGCGGGUGUACAUGCGCGAACGGGUCAUCGUAGCUCCGCACGGGUCCACUUUCAAGCUCAGAUUAUUUGGGUCCUAUCUGGUCAAUGAGAGCUGGUCGUGGGUCGCGUUCGCCGCUGCUGGAGAUGGUUCGAGUGACCCGUGCGCGCAGGAGGACCUCCGCAGGGCCGCUGCGUUCAAGGUUCUUGGACAGUACGGGUCGGACGAGGAGAAUAACGGACUCAUAGAGGUCCGAACCGAGAAUGCAUCAUCCCAAUCUGAGAAUAAGGAUGCAGCGUCAGUAUUCCAUCGUGUGUGUGUCUUAAAGGGCCAGGCAUGGGUGACGUUUGGGUCGGACAAGUUGCUUAUAAAGGACCCGGAUGUGCCAUUCGAUUACAUUCCACUUUGGGGUCUGGUUUUGGUUGUUGUGGUGCUGGUUUUGAUUUGCAGUGUGGUCAGAUGCUUGAAUCUGAGUUUGCUGUGGAUGGAUCCAUUGGAGCUGUAUGUUCUGCACAGCUGUGGUUCAGAAGACGAAAAGCGGGCAGCCAAGCGCCUCAAGCCCAUUAGGAGGCGAGGAAAUGUUCUGGUUUGCUCGCUGUUGUUCAUUUGUGCAUUGGGGAAUUCGGUGCUUGGUGUGCUGUUGUACCGUCUAUAUGGGUCCAUCUUACCUGCAGUGUUCACUAGUGGCUUCCUAAUAUUUGUUCUUGCAGAGUUGGUACCUCAUAUAAUAUGUUCUGGCUAUGGUUUCCAAAUGGCACCAGGUUUGAUAUGGCUGGCCCAGAUCUGUCUCAUUUUGACGUGUCCGCUUAGUUGUCCUCUUGGGCUCAUUUUAGACUUGGUCCUGCGCCGUGAUGUGAGCACCUGUGGCAUCCGUGAAAAAACCAUGGAAAUGAUUCGGACUAGUGUGAAUGAUCCUUAUAAUGAGUUUGUCAAGGUGGAGUUCAGCAAGGGGGCUCUCAGGACCAAAACUGUGGAGGAUAUCUUGACACCCUUGAAAGAUUGUUUCAUGCUGCCCUCCACGGCCGUGCUGGACUUCAGCACUAUGUCAGAGAUCAUGCAGAGCGGAUAUACUCGGGUUCCUGUGUAUGAUGAGGAAAGGUCCAAUAUUGUGGAAAUCCUCUAUGUGAAAGACCUGGCAUUGGUUGAUCCAGAAGAUCGCACCCCCAUGACCACCAUCACAAAGUUUUACAAUCAUCCACUGCAUUUUGUUUUUAAUGACACCAAGCUGGAUGCAAUGCUGGAGGAAUUCAAAAAAGGAAACUCCCACCUGGCUAUCGUUCAGAAGGUGAAUAAUGAAGGAGAAGGAGAUCCGUUUUAUGAGGUUCUCGGGCUGGUCACGCUGGAGGACGUUAUUGAGGAGAUCAUCAAAUCUGAGAUCCUGGACGAGUCUGAUGGUUACAUGGACAUGAAGGUGAAACGUCCAACAGCCCCACUGGAGAUCCCCCUGGAGCCCCGCAGUGUGCAUGAGGAGUUCUCCAUAUUUAAAACACCAGAGGGCGAGCCGAAGAUACGCACCUCGCCUCAGCUGCUGCUGGCCACCCACCGCUUCCUGUCCAGAGAGGUGGAACAUUUCUGCCCGCAGCGUGUGUCGGAGAGAGUUUUAUUUCAUUUGCUGCGGCACCCGAGUGUCAACCAAGAAGUGAGGUUUGACCCAGGAAACCGACUUAGUCCUGAUCACUACCUCUACACACGGAACCACCCUGUGGACUAUUUCAUUCUGCUGCUCCAGGGCCGUGUGGAGGUGGAGAUUGGGAAAGAGGGUUUAAAGUUUGAGAACGGUGCUUUCACCUAUUAUGGCGUCUCAGCACUCACAGCUCCCUCCUCAGUCCACCAGUCUCCAGUCUCAACACAGCGUCAGUCCCCCAGAGACCCCUUUGAACUCGCAGAUGCCACCAGCCCGUCCAGCUACUGUCCCGACUACACAGUCAGAGCCCUCACAGACCUACAGUUCAUCAAGGUGACCCGUUUGCAGUACCUCAACGCCUUGUUGGCCUCCCGGGUGGCACAGAGUCCCGAGGCCCCUGAAAUAAAAAUCCUACCCAACAGUCAAACAAAACUCCUGAAUGAAAAAAACACUACACAAGAGUUUCAGCUACACUUUUCAUUCUUUGAUGCAAUUGACAACUACUGUUAGUGUUCUUUGCAUGAGACAGGAUUUAAAUGUCCAGGUGCGAGCAAGAAUCAGGAAUCUAGCUCAGACGAGGAGCCUCACAGCCAGAGAGGAGCUUUUUGACCUUCUAGCUGAACUUUCUCCAGAACUCACAAGGAUUUUAUUAUGACAGCUGAUUUGUUUUUGUCGUCUUAAAGGGAUAGUUCACCCAAAAAUACAAAUUCUAUCAUUUACUUGCCUUUAUGUUGUUCCAGUCUUGCAUGGGACACAAAAAGACAUUUUAGGGCUUUAGUCACCAUUCACUUUAUUGUAUGGAGAGAAAAAAAUGCAAUGGAAGUGAAUGGUGACUGAGAACAUCUCCUUUUGUGUUCCACUUAAGAAAGAAAGUCAUAUGGGUCUGGAACAGCAUGUUGAGUAAGUAAUGACAGAAUUUUUAUUUUUGAGUGAACUAAUCGCUUUAAAUUAUUAUUUUACUCCUGUAUUGCAGCGAUUGAGCCAGAUGGGGGGAAAAUUAUGUUCAGAACAUGUAAUGCUGGUCACAUGGGAACUGUUCUUACUAUUGUAUUUAAUUAGUCAUUCCCUCAGAUGUCACUUCCUCUUGAGCAUUUCUUUUAAAUUCAGUUGUUUCUUUAAGGUGUGUACGUUUGCAAUUUCCCUCUAAAUGAAAUGAUGGUGUGCCAAUUAACCAUCCCUGCUGUAUUAUAGAGGCAGUAUUAAUGCUUCCAUAUUUGUAAAGCCCUAAUGUGCCAAAAUUCAGAGUGAGAGAGAUAUAGCAGAAGAAGAGAGCAUCCUGAAAAUACUUAUAGAAAUAGUUAAAAAAAAAAAAUCACGUAAAAACGAAAAUCAUAUUAUCUUUUAUUAUUGAUUUUGUUUUCAUGUAACAGCAGUUCUUUGGGUAAAUAAUGACAAGUUCAAUACAAGUUAAGCUCAAUCGGCAGCAUUUGUGGCAUAGUGUUGAUUAUCAGCAAUAAUAAUUUCACCUCGUCCCUCAUUUAUUUAAAAUAUAAUUAAGAAAUGCAAAAAUCAUUGUUACCUUAGCAAUGGAGUGAAUGGGGCCAGUUCAUAAACACUAAAAUACACACUAUAUUAAAAGUAUAUUCACAAGACGUAAACAUUAUACAUGUUAACAUGAUGUUAGUAUGAUAAAUCGCUCACUAACCUCAUCAGUGUAAGGUUAUAUCCAAUGUAACAACUUAUUUGCCAUGAUGACGUAAUGCUGGUAAACCCUGAAAGGGAUUUAAUCACAUUAAAAUCCUGUCAACAUUUAUAAUAUUUACAUCUUGUGGCUUUACUUUAGAAACAGUGAGUAUUUUAGUGUUUAUGGAGUGAGAUCAGUCUGUUUAUGGACUGGCCCAAUUCACUUCCAUUGUAAGUGUCUUUGACGAAACCUCUUUAUAUAUACAGGUGCAUCUCAAUAAAUUAGGAUGUCGUGGAAAAGUUCAUUUAUUUCAGUAAUUCAACUCAAAUUGUGAAACUCGUGUAUUAAAUAAAUUCAAUGCAC